AUCUCUCGAAAAACAAAGCUAUAUUAAGCAUUCUACGCUAUUUUUCCUUGAAAUAAAAUAUAAUGUCUCUUCAAGUUCUAGCCGUUCCUUCUUCGGUCGAAAAUAAUGCCAAGCAAGAAACUAAACGUCGAUCGGCAGAUUAUCUUCCUAGCAUUUGGGGGCAUCAUUUUCUUUCAUAUGCUAGUGAUUCUGUGGAUACUGAUGAUAACCCAGAACUGCUGAAGCUGAAGGAGGAGAUUAUAAGCAUGCUAAGGGAUGACGCAAAUAAGCCUGAGCAAAAACUUGAGCUGGUUAAUGCAAUCCAACGCUUGGGGGUGUCUUAUCAUUUUGAAAGUGAGGUCAGGGAAAUCUUGGAAGAAGUCUAUAAGGCUUGCAAUGAAACUGACUUGGGGGAUGACACUGAUGAGUUAUACUCCAUCUCUCUUAGAUUUCGAUUGCUUAGACAACAUGGCUAUAAAAUCCCAUGCGAUGUGUUCAACAAGUUCAAGGACAAUAAUGGGAGUUUUAAGGCAUCUCUUACAGAAGAUGUUCGAGGAAUGUUAAGCUUUUACGAAGCCUCACAUCUCAGAAUUCAUGGAGAAACGAUACUGGAUGAAGCCCUUGCUUUCACUACGAAUCAGCUUGAGUGCUGGGUAGCAACUCAACCCAGCUCUCAUCUUGCAGGGCAAAUUAAGCAUGCCUUAACUCGACCUCUUCGCAAGACCUUACCUAGGCUGGAGGCAAGAUAUUACAUGAACAUCUAUCAUGAAGAAGCUUCCCACAAUGAAGUUAUAUUAACUUUUGCAAAGUUAGAUUUUAACAUAUUACAGAAGUUGCAUCAGAAGGAACUCGGUGUAAUUACUGAGUGGUGGAAGGAUUUAUACUUCGCGCAGAAGCUACCUUUUGCAAGAGACAGAAUUGUUGAGUGUUACUUCUGGAUAUUGGGAGUGUAUUUUGAGCCAGAAUAUUUAAAGGGUAGAAGACUUUUAACCAAAGUAAUCUCCAUUACUUCCAUUAUCGAUGACAUCUAUGAUGUGUAUGGUACCAUUGAUGAACUUGAGCUAUUGACCUCAGCCAUUGAGAGGUGGGAUAUGAGUGUCAUAGAUCAAUUGCCUGACUACAUGAAACUAUGUUAUAAGGCCCUCCUUGAUAUUUACAGUGAAAUUGAAUCAGAAAUGACAAAUCAAAAAAAAUUAUACCGUCUUGAUUUUGCAAAAGAGGCGAUGAAGAGUAUAGUUAGAAAUUAUCACACUGAAGCCAAAUGGUGUAAUGAGAAUUAUGUUCCAACACUGGAUGAAUACAUGAGUGUAGCAUUGGUUACCAGUGGGUACCAAUUGUUACCCACAACAUCUUUUGUAGAAAUGGGAGAUGUUGCAACCAAAGAAGCCUUUGAAUGGCUAUUCAGCUACCCUAAGGUUUUGAAGGCUGCCUUAAUAAUUUCCAGACUCCUGGAUGACAUAGUUGGACACAAGCAUGAGCAAAAGAGAGGACAUGUUGCCUCAGCAAUUGAAUGUCACAUGAAGGAACAUGGUGUUUCGGAAGAAGAGACGAUUAAAGUGUUUCGUGAGCAAAUUGCAAAUGGAUGGAAAGAUAUAAAUGAAGCUUUCCUUAAACCAACUGCAGCUCCAGUGCCUCUGCUUGAUCGUAUUCUUAAUUUGUCACGUGCAGCAGACUUUAUUUACAAAGAUGAUGACUGCUACACCAAUUCUUAUUUGACCAAAGACCAUGUUGCUUCAAUGCUCAGAGACCCCAUACAGCUCUGAAAGUUUAGUAGUAUGAAUUCGUCAAUUAUGUUGUGUGCCAAUCUGUUGUGUUUUACAAGCAAGCAGUGAUAAAAAUAGACAACCUAAGCGGUAGCUUGGGUGAUAAAAAAAUAAAAGUUUGAAUGAUAAAAAAUAAAACUUUAUAUGUAAAAAAAUAUUAUAAUAUAUUAAUAUCAAACUUUUUAUUUAUCUGAUAAUAGCGAGGGUGUCCUUUUGAGUAAUUUGAUUCACCAAUCUUUGGAUGAAUUCCUCCUGAGCACCUCAUUC